AAAAAUGGGGGGCGGCCACCUCUUGUCUAUCUACUCAGCCUCACAGGCAUCAAGGAUCAAACGCCUAACUGCUAAUCUCCCACUCUCAAUUAUGAGAUAUAACCAUGGGAAGAAAGAAAGUAAUAGUACCGGACACGCGCCUUCCACGGCGGAGGAGUUCGAAAGAGUUGCGGAAGAGAAGAGCCGCCAUGGAUUCGCCGCCCAGACGGUGGAGAAGGCGGAGGACGGUGUCGAAGAGGCUACCGUCGCUGAUUCCAAUUUUCAAUCUGUCAAGGAAGCUUUUAAGGACGAUACUCCGCCGCCCGGAAAAGCUAACUACCAUAAGACAGGCGACGAACGAUAA